AUGUCAAAUGGCGGGUCUCCCCAAGAACGGGUUUUCCGCAACAAGACGAGGCUUGAAAGUGGUAAAGGAGACCAAAAUAACCAAAUGGGAAGCAAACAUACAAAAUAUGAUGGAGCUCGGAGUAUUUGGAAUGAAGAAAAGAUCCAUUCUAGAAUGUUUGCUGCAUCCCGGUGCGAUUUGGGACCGUUUGGACAAGAGAAAGCUCAGAAGAAAGACAAAGAAGAGAACCAGAUAGUUUUUGAUAUGCAUUCCAUGCAUCCAGAUAGGAGCCUCAUUUUGGCAGCUGGCUAG